GACCCGUGAGUAUUCGGUCGACAAGACGGGAGUCAGGCGGACGCCGGUUCAAGCUAUCUAAAGUUUCAGAACUUUUGUAGCAUUCAUUGCACAGUACUGUUAGCUUCCUAAAGUAGUUGAAGCAUCCGUAUAACUGCUAUUUGGAUAAGCCGUGAUCAAUUUGAGCAUCCAAGCAACCUCUUUACAAGAAGAGAGCCAUGGAUUCCGAAGCCGAAGCCGUUGUACUGGAAAAUGUUUUCAAUCUACAAGGGGAAGGAAACCCGGCAGAUGAAACACUUGUAGCAGAGAAAAAGAAAAAAAAAUCUAGCACCAAAAAACCAAAAAAGUCAAAACAAGAUGUGGCCUCCAAAGCAACAAAAUUUGAGGGGAAAAAAAUCCAUGUCCGUUCCGUUGAUGCUGCACAAGUCCAGCAGAGAUUCAACAAGGUACCAUCUGAUUCUGAUGCUUCCGCCACACUUUGCAAGCUAUGCAACAAGCAAGUUUUUCAAAUGGAGAGAAUUAAAGCAGAAAAGCUGGUUUGGCACAAACACUGCUUUAAGUGCACUGAGUGUCAAAAGAACCUAACGGUUGAUACCUACAAUAGCCAUGAAGGUAUGAUCUACUGCAAGCCUCACUUCAAACAGUUAUUUCAACCAAAGGCAGUCCUGGAGUCCGACGAGCCAUAUUAUCUAAAGCCUGAAUUGAUUAUUAGAGAGAGUCAGCCUAUCGAACUACCGGCAGACGUUGUACGAGCGAGUGAAACCUCUAGUAGUUACGGUAUGGACGAAUUAACAAACCUGGAUCUCAAAUCUAGAUUUACAAUUUUUGAGCGAGCGUCUUCAAACUCGCAGGCUGAUGUGGAAAUCAGAGAAGAACACAAGACGGUUAAACGCUCAGAGAGUAUUCUAUCACGAUUGGCUCGAUUUGAUCGUGACAAUGCCAGCUUGAAGAACGAAUUGUCUAAAUCCUGUGGUAAUUUAGACAUUCAGGAUUCAUCGUCUGAAGGUGAAGAAGGGUACAUGUACGACGACGUGGCCGGCAACCGCCUGUCAGCUUACCUGGGACCGGAUAAUUCCGUUAGCUUUGGUUCCAUAUCUGAUAUCAAAUCGAAAUGGGAAGAAGAGAAGAGCGGGUCUCAUUUCAACCGCCGCGAAGAGUUAGCUAAGCAGCGCAAAGAAGAACUUAAGAUAUUACGAGCUCGGCAAUGCCAAGUAUUUGUUCUAUUGGGAAUAGAUAAAAUUCUGAAAAUCAUCACUAAUCUAUCCAUUGCCAUUCAGGGUCGGCAACUUCGUUUGAAGGAGCAGUACGAGCAGGCGACACAAGAAGGGCGAGAUGGUAAAGAAUGUCAUGUAAAUGACGCAAGUGUUGUUGAUCCUGAAAAGAUCAAACAUAUUAAGGACAUAUUUGAAAUGGGUGGAAACGAAGAGAGAACGUCUGUGAACAAAUCUUCGGAACAUCUUGUCGACCCUGAGAAACUCAAACAACUGAAGGGAAUGUUCGAAAGCGGAGGCGACAGUGCCUUUGGCGAAAAACAUGAACGUCAUGAAGAAGUGAUUCUUGGAGCUAUUACCAAAGAAGCCCGAAAUAUUUUCAAACAAAUGGAGGAAAAUGGAUUUCAGGAUAAGAAUCGCCAAAAAAGAGAACAAUAUGGCUUGGAAAAUAAAGAUACUUUCAAAAGCACAUCCGCUAUGCUGGACUUGUUCCGUCGUCUUGAAAAGGAACCGGACACAUACAGAGAAAACCGAGACGAAGAUGAUUAUGAGGAAGAAGAGGAAGAUGGAAGUGAGGGAGAGUAUUCGGAUGAUGGGCAUGGUUCUGACGAUAACGAAGAAGAAGAAAAUCUACCGGUCGGUCUGACUCCUCAACAACAAGAGCUGUUACAAAUUGCCAGAGAUCGAGCUGUAGCCAAAAACAUGAGAGAGAAAUUCGAACGCUGGGAAUUCAGCACUGACGAAGAAAAGUUAGCCUACGAGAAAACUAUGAUGAUUCCCGAAUCGGAAGAGAUACAAGCAUCAUUAAACACGACCAGGAACUUGCGCGCCAUGUUUGAAAACCUGCAAAACGAGCCGCCAAAACCAGAGAAGCCUAGGAUCAAAGUCAAUAGAUUCGUUUGAUGGCUUUUGUUUUUUACACGAUUUAAACCAAUAAUCGUCAGCCCUCGGGUGAGAUAAGAAUUUUCUAAAUUAAACUUGUCGUUGAAGUAAAUGUUCAGUGUACUACUCAACCAAAUUUUUUUGACAAGCACAUGGAUUGACAGCAAAAUACAUUUUACUUGCUAAGGCUU